AUGGAGCCUAAGAAGUCAUUGGAGAAUCAAGAUUCCGGGAAGCUGAAAGCUGAGAUCAGGAGAUGGGCUAAAGCUGUUGCAACUUAUGCCCGGCAAGUCAGUGGCCGCCUUGGUAGCUCCUUGAGGAAGAGCAGCAGGAUCAGAAGCUCCUCCGAUUCUUCCUCUUCUUCUUCUUCUUCUUCAUCACCAUCGUCGUUACAACCACCAUUGGCGUCAUCCUCAUCAUCAAUAUCACCAAGAUUGUGA